CGCAGCAUCCACAGCAUCUAAGCAGGAUGAGGAUAACUGCGCUGGUAUGCCUCGCGGCUGUGCUUCUGGCAUCGGCCACAGCUGAGGAUGCUGCAGGAAAGGGGGCAGAGGCCACCAAGAAGGACAAGCGUGGGAUUCUCUAUGGAGGUUACGGCCUGGGAGGUGGUCUAGGAGGCGCUAGCCUCGGGAGCUACGGAGGAAGCCUCGGAGGCAGUUACGGUGGCAGCUACGGAGGCGGCUACGGAGGCGGCUACGGCGGCGGCUACGGCGGUGGUUACGGCGGCGGCUACGGCGGAGGCUACGGCUAUGGUGGAGGCUACGGCUACGGUGGAGGCAUCGGCCUGGGCUCCGGCGGAAUCGGUCUGGGCAGUGGCUUAGGCGGAGGCCUCGGAGGAGGUCUCGGCGGUGGUCUCGGCGGUGGUCUCGGAGGUGGUCUCGGAGGUGGUUUCGGAGGAGGUGCCGGCAUCGGCCUCGGCGGAGGCGUCGGGGCUGUAGCCAUUGCUCCGACCAGGACCGUCGUCCAGACGGUGACCGUCCCGGAACCUCAGCCCGUCCCUGUCCCGGUGGAGCGCCCCGUCCCGGUUCCUCAGCCCGUCCCCGUCCCCGUCAGUCGCCCCGUGCCUGUCCCGGCGCCUUACCCAGUCCGUGUGCCCCACCCUGUGCCUGUUCCAGUCCCCAGACCUGUCCCAGUUCCAGUGAGUCGCCCUGUCCCUGUGCCCGUUUCCCGUCCAGUCCCCGUUCCAGUCCCACAGCCGUACCCCGUGCGAGUACCCCACCCCGUCCCGGUGGCCGUUCCCCAGCCUUACCCCGUAACUGUACCUGAACCCCGCCCCGUAGCUGUGCCCGUCCCAGUCUCCAGCGGAAUCUCCUCCGUCGGCAUCGGCAGUGGAAUCGGUGCCGGUGGUAUUGGCGGAGGAGCCGCACUCAUCAGCUCUGGCAUCGGUUCCGGCAUCGGUUCCGGCAUCUCUGGAGGCAUCAUCUCGUCCGGAUCACUCGGCGGUGGAUACGGAGGCUCCUACGGAUACGGUGGUGGAUACGGUGGUGGAUACGGAGGUGGAUACGGAGGUGGCUACGGCGGCGGCUACGGCUCUGGAGCCAUCAUCUCCUCCGGCAUCAGCAGUGGAAGCCUCUACUCUGGCAGCCUCUCGGGCGGCUACGGUGGUGGAUACGGUGGCGGCUACAGAGGCCACUCGAAGAUCUGGUAAAAUCCUCACCACCCACCUCGCACCAUUGAUCGACAGUUCUGCACCGCCUCCAUCUGCGCUAUUGCCUCAUACACGGAGUUGUCACAUCGUCGCCGCAUUUUCGUAGAUGGCCACAACUAGUCCCACUCCAGAAGCGAAGACAGCACCUUCCGAACAGAUCUGCAGCUGUGGUUCGGUGGAAUGGGCUUCAGAUCUCAGUUGACAGAUGGAAGCAGCUUUCCCCCCACACAGUUUGGCCGCUUGUCUUACCAGCUUCAUUUUCACUCUUGUGGCAAGAAAAUACUGGGUUCAUUUUCCUUCUCUUCCUUUAAUUGAACAUCUCAUGCAUUUCUUCAAAGUCAUACAUCUGCACUUCAUCUGCACUUCAUAAUGCCUGCACAUUUCUCUUCAUGGAUAUUUUGUACUGUACUGUUUUUGUACCUCUUCUGCGUGUGAUAUACUUUGU